UCCGUCCUCCCGAAAUUUGUUCUGGAUUAAUAAAACAUCUUAUUUUUUAGCAUUUCUACGCGUUAUUUUAUCGUUUGAUGAGCAAAAGACUGGGACAGCUGGGGAGGAGAGAGAGAGUCGGGAGGGAACGGCGGAAAGAGAGGACGACGUGAGGAACGGAGGAAUUCUGGGAACCGAGGAAUUGCGCAGUGUAUUAUAUGGAACGGUAACAAGAACAGCAGGACUAACAGCACUACAUAUUUACUCAAGGAAUAUGACAGAUCGUCUGUUUUUGUCCUAGGGACCAGCAUUACAGGGUAAAAAAGUAUCAGAAUGGGGAACACGGACAGCCAGCACGGCGGCUUUAUCGUUCCCAGCAAGGCACGGCCUCGCUCGCUGAAGCUGCACACGACCAAAGAGGACGUCCUUUCCCCCCACAGUUGGUGGAGGACCUCAGGAGGAGCUGGAAAGAACCAUGGGUCCUCAAGAAACUUCAAGAACAAUCAGCCCUACGUCUCGUACCAUUACGGCUACGUCAACAUGCAGCAUCCCAGCUCUCGGAACCCAGAUUGGGAACACGGGUCGUCUACCAGAUACAGCCACACUGUAUCCGGCUCUGACGUUCCUCAGACCAAGAGCAGCCCCAAGGUGCUCCUAAGUGGCGACGGAAGCUUGAGGGUGGAGUUUACCAAGAGCAGGAGAGGUCUGGAGAACGAACACUGUGCUACACCUAUGGACUCCACCUUGAGAGACAGCAAAGGUUCCUCUAUCAGCUCUGAAGAAUCCUGGUACGAUUCUCCAUGGGGCGCCGCUUCGGAUCUCUGCGACAACGUUUUCACCACUAACCAACCUUCAGACGAUAGCAGCGGGUACACCACGCUGUCCUCCACCCGUACCGAGGACGUCGCCUGUCCUCCAGCCCCUCUGGAAUACCAGGCGGAUGAGAUCCUGUGCCACGCCAAGGAGCCUUCUGGAUGUAUCGAGGACGACAGCGGCAUCGGAGAUACAGCCCUGUUCCACACUGAGCACCCAGGGUCGAGCCCUUCCGGUGGCAUCUACGCUAACCCGAACUUGACCGGACCCUUCCCUACGGUUGGCGUCCUGUCUAAAGACCAGGACGAGGAUGCGCCCGACCUCCACGUUGACUCUCGGCAGGACAGCCAGGAUAACCAGAGCUUCUCCUCGCUCACCCUGCCCUGCAUGAAAUCAGGAAGUUCCAGGAAGGAUUCGCUGAAGAGUCGGAUCUGCCGGCUGAGCGACUGGACCGGAAGCUUGAGCAGGAAGAAACGGAGGCUGCAGGAGGGUUCCGAAGCCUUCAGCAGCGCCGCUGAUGGUGACGCCAGCGUACCGUGCUGGAACCUGACGAGCAGCCAGGCCCACUCGGCCUGCUCUCUGACCGAGCCCCAGCAGAACCAGAACGUCUACGAGAACUUCAUGCAGGAGCUGGAGACCGGGGACGAUCCUCAGUGGGACGAGGGCGAGGGGGCCGAGAGCAGCAGCGGAUCUCUGGGCUCUCUGGAGCGGAUGGAACUGAUGUUCGAGAAGGAGCAGGGCGUGUUCCGCAGGGCGGGGCGGCUCACCUUCAAACCCCUCAUCGGCCUGCAUAAGGAGCGCAAGCUGGAACUGGUGGCACGACGCAGGUGGAGGAACUACUGGGUCACGCUCAAGGGCUGCAUGCUCCUGCUGAGCGAGGCCGACGGGAAGAGCUGCCCGGAGCAGGAAACGUCCCCACGCUACGUCCUGCUGGCCGAGGACAGCGUCGUCCAGCCGAUCCCCGAGCACCCGAAGAGAGAGAACGUCUUCUGUCUGAGCAACGCUUACGGGGACGUCUAUCUGUUUCAGGCCUCGAAUCAGACGGACAUGGAGAACUGGGUGACGGCCAUCCACUCAGCCAGCGCCUCCCAUUUGGCCAAGCGUCAGGGCAAAGAGGACACGCUUCGGCUGCUGAGGAGCCAGAGCAGGUCCCUGCUGCAGAAGAUCGACAUGGAUGGCAAGAUGAAGAAGAUGGCCGAGCUGCAGCUAUCCGUCAUCGCUGACCAGAGGAACAGGAAGGCCGUGGAGGGACAGAUCCAGCAGUGGGAGCAGAACCUGGAGAAGUUCAACAUGGAGCUGUUCCGUAUGCGCUCCUACCUGGCCAGCCUGCAGGGCACCGAGCAGCCCAACCCCAAGAACCUGUUAGCCGUGGCCUCGCGCCAGUCCAAGAUGGUGCUCAGCCGGCUGGGGAUCUUCUCCGUCUCGUCCUUUCACGCCCUGAUGUGCACUCGUGAUGAAGCCACGUUGAGGAGGCGUUCACGCUCUGGACGGAGCAGGCGUGGGAUCUUCUCCUCUCAGAAAGGCCUGGACAGUCUGAGCAGACGCAGUCGGGAAAAAAGACAGUCUUUGUGCCAGGUGUUCGAAGGACGUCCUGCUGGAUCUCUGGGCCACCAGACGCAGAGCAGCUCAGAGCAGAUAGUGGACGGUUCUGCCAAACUUUGUCCUGCAGCGCCACCUGAUGGUCGAUUAUGGGACUGCAGCACCGAGAGCCUGGUGUGUGUGAGGAUGCCUGAUGGGCAGGAGGUCAUAGUUCGUGCAAAAGCAGAUUUUCUCGUGGCUGACCUGCUCUCUUCAGCCUGCAAGGUACGUCAGUUGGACGCGGCGCUGCACUGUUUACACGUGAAGAGACGUUUAGGUCUGGACGUGGAGAUCAGCACCGCGGCGAACACUGACCUGCUGAGAGAGCUGGUCUACGAUGAGCUGGAGGUUUGUCCACUCGACGUCUUUACGUUAACCAUGUCACGUCCAGACACCACAGUCGAUUUUGGAUUUGCAGUAACAGGCCACGUGGACUGCUUAAGGAAAAGUCACAUCUACGUGAGUGAGGUGCAUCCUGGGAGCCUGGCGUUUACGCAUGGACUGAGAUCAGGUGAUGAGAUCCUGGCAGUAAACGGCGUGAGCGUCUCCACGCUGGACCUGGGCUUCAUCCAGCCCCUCUUCAGCCAGCAGACGCUCCGGCUCGUGCUCUGGCGGGACGACCACGCCUCAGAUGAGCAGGGCGCGGUGUGGCCAGGCUGUGACCCCGCCGACCCAUGCUGCCCGCCUCCACCUUCUAGUCACAACAUCUCAGAGUUCCUGGAGGUUCCUGAGGAAACAUCGGUGGCUUAUUCGGAGAGUACAGAGCACGCAUGCCCGCUGUACCAACCCUGCCCCGGAAAUACCAGCCUGACAGUCGAGGGUUAUAGAAACCCGUAUUCCACCAACGCUGGCACUGCCGGCGGCAGCCCACGUCACCUAACUAUUACAGAGAGACUGCGCAAGGUCAUUCAGGAGCUGGUGCACACUGAGAAGUCCUACGUCAAGGACCUGGGAUGUUUAUUUGAGAUCUAUCUGAAGCCCUUAGAGAACGAGACAUUUCUCAGUCGGGGUGAGAUGGAGUCUUUAUUUGGCAGCCUGCCGGAAAUGCUGGACUUCCAGAGAGUGUUUUUGCAGACGCUGGAGGAGAAGGCCGGCUUGUCUCCGGAUUUCACGGCACACCAGACACCAGAGGAGCUCAAGAAGCUGCUCUCCUCUCUCGGUGGGUCUUUUCUGUACUACGCCGACCACUUCAAGCUCUACAGCGGCUUCUGUGCCAACCACAUCAAAGUGCAGAAAGUUCUAGAACGAGCGAAGACAGACCGAGCUUUUAAAGAGUUCCUGGAGGAGAGGAACCUUACCAAACAGCACUCGUCCACGCUGGAGUCCUACCUCAUCAAACCCGUACAGAGAGUCCUGAAAUACCCGCUGCUCCUGAGGGAGCUCGCGUCUCUCACCGACCCCGAGAGCGAGGAGCACCGUCACCUCACAGAGGCGCUGAGGGCCAUGGAGAAGGUGGCCAGUCAUAUCAACGAAAUGCAGAAGAUCUAUGAAGAUUACGGCGCCGUGUUUGACCAGCUGGUGGCGGAGCAGAGCAGGAAUGAGAAGGAGGUGACGGAGAUCUCGAUGGGAGAGUUCAUCCUCCACAGCUCGGCUCUCUGGCUCAACCCCAUGACCUCGCUGGGGCGGAUGAGGAAGGAUCCGGAGCUCACCGUCUUCAUUUUUAAGCGAGCUGUUAUUUUGGUGUAUCGAGAGAAGAUGAAGAAGAGGAUGACGCCGUACCGCUCUGCCGAUUUGGAUCCUUUCAAAUUUCGCUGGCUCAUCCCUGCAUCGUCUCUACAGAUCCGACCUGGAAACUCAGCAGGAUCUGAGAACCCUUGUCUUUGGGAGCUGGUUCACACCAAAUCAGAAGUCGAAGGACGACCAGAGACGGUCUUUCAGCUCUGCAGCAGUAAUCUAGAGAACAUGGUGAACGUGGUGAAGGCGCUCCGCUCUGUGCUCAGAGAAAACCCCAAACGAUUCGCCCCGGCUGAGACACACAACCUGACAUUCCCCAGGAGGAACCACCAAACGGCCGUGAGGAGCAGAUCCUGGACCAAGAGGCUUCAGCCGAAUCCGCUCGACCCGGAAGAGGCCGGAACGCUCGGUGGGGACACUCGUUCAGAACCCGGCAGGAACACGAGCGCCCGGCUGAGCUCCCUCACCAGCUCGCUGGAGGCUCAGCUACAGAGACUGAGUUUCGCAGAGGAUGUGUCGCGGGAAGCUGGGCGCGGGAGAACCGCUCACAUGACCACAAUGGAGGAAACGUCCAGUGUGGAUCUGGGAUCUUUGCUGGUGAGGGAUUACAGCGAGCAGAGUCUGAACUCCGCAGUAAACGAGGGCUGCUUCUACGAUACAGUGAUGGGCAUCCAAAAUGUUGUUGUGCCCACGGUGUAGAUGGGAAAAUGUGCCGGGUUUGGGUACAGAGGUCAGAAGGUGCCUUUCGGGAUUACUGCCUUUUUAUGGACUGGUAGAUUUGUGGUUUGUGAAUAUGGUGUCUAUAUUUGUACCUUUUUUUGACAAAAGCUUUUCUCAGUUCAGGACUAGAACAGCUUGAUUUAUUGCUUACAAACUUGAACAAGACAAUUCUGUAAACAAAACCUUUUCUAAAUAAGUUAAAUGUUUGAAAUACGUGCAUUUGUUGUUACUCUAUCUAAAGUACCUCUUAAAAUACACCUCUUUUGUACUGUACUUUUGUAUAAUUUAUUUGUAAAUGUUGAUAUAUUCUGUAC